AUGAAUUCAUCAUCUCCGAUAUUGAUUAAUGAUCUCAUCAUGGAGAUCUUAUCUAGAGUGCCUUCGAAGUCAGUCGCUAGGUUUCGUUGCGUGUCGAAGUUAUGGACAUCAAUGCUUAGUAGUCCAUAUUUCAAGAAGUUGUUUUUGAUCAGAUCAUCGGCUAAGCCGCGCCUCUUGUUCGCCAUACUAGACGAAGACGAAGAAGGCGGUGUUUGGAGAAUUUUCACGUUGCCACAGCUUGAGAAUCCAUAUGAGGAAUCAACUUCUGUAGCGGCCGCCGAGUUUCAUGUGAAGUUCUCUCCAAACUAUAUAGAUAUCUAUCAUGAUCAUGAUCAUGAUGCCAUGAGAAGAAAUUUUUCAUGUGGCUACGCUGCUGGCUUGUUCUAUAUACAUGGUACGCUUCCAUAUCAGGGUAGACCUAUGAUUUGUAACCCCAUCACAGGACGGUAUGCGAUCUUACCUUAUCUGUAUUAUUACAGCAUGACGCCUAUCUUUUUCGGGUUUGACCCAAUUGAAAAGCAAUACAAAGCAUUGGCCACAAAUCCUUUUAGGCCUGCUCGUCAUAAAUUUCAGACAAUUGGAGCUGGAGAUAUGACGUGGAGAGAGGUAAAGUGUUCCUUGCCACAUGAUACUCAUCAUAGUAAAGAGAUAUGUAUCGAUGGGGUUUUAUAUUACUUAGGUGACAGGAUAAAUUUUAUUGAUGACCAUGUUGUAACGUCAGAAUUUAUGAUAGUUUGCUUUGAUCUUAGGUCUGAGAGAUUCACUUUUAUUGGCGUAGAAUGGGUUGGUGAAUUGAUAAACUACAAGGGAAAAUUAGCUAUGAUUUGUUUGGGGGAUGAAUAUCAUGCCAUGGAUGAGUUGCACAUGUGGGUUCUAGAUGAUGUUGAGAAACAUGAAUGGUCCAAAUAUGUCUACACUUUCACAGAUGAUCUAUUAUUUCGUGGUUACUUUUGCGUCGUUGGAGCGACCACUUCGGGUGAAGUUGUGUUUUCAUCAAUUCUUAAUUAUAAACCUAAACAAGAACCGUUUUAUGUUUUCUACUUCAAUCCCGAAAGGAACACUCUACGGCGCGUUGAGAUCAAAGGUUUAGGUGAAGCAGUUGAGAAUAGUUGUACAGUUUUUACCUUUGUAAACCAUGUAGAGGAUCUUGAUGUUAAUGAGUUGCUCAAGUCAGUCCAUCCUCCAUUGACGAAGCCAGAAUAUGUAGAAGAAUCAGGUUCAGAAUCUGACUGAGACGAAG